GCAGGGUCUCCGAUCAUGGUUCAGUCCCUGAAUUUACGUCUUGCCUAUUAAUUCCGUUUGAUAACCCCUGGCGCGAUACCCCUAUUGCCUGAGUGUUUCGUUCGUGAACACAUACUAUCGUUUGUUUCUACCCGCGCCCAUACUUUUACAGACCCUACCAUGACUGCACCUCCCCGCCCUCCGGUGAUCCCUUUGAUCAUCAACGGUCAAGAGGAAUGCACGGGCUCUACCUUCGACGUCAUUAGCCCAUACACCAACCAGACUUGUUGGACAACAGCAUCAGCCUCGGCUCAAGAUGCAAUCCGCGCAGUUGAGGCCGCAGAGGCAGCUUUUCCUUCCUGGUCGCAAACAAAACCCACAGUUCGGCGUGAUAUCCUGUUGAAGGCAGCCGACAUUUUGGAGAGCCGCCUCGAGCAGAAUGCCGAAUAUAUGCGAACUGAGAUGGGCGCCGAUGUGGGUGCGUCACAGCAUUUUAUCGUUCCACUCGGGAUCCGCAUGUUGAGGGAUAUCGCGGGGCGCAUCACUUCCAUUUGUGGCAGCGUCCCCGUUGUCGAAGAGGAGGGGCAAAGUGCCAUGAUCUACAAGGAGCCUAUGGGGGUGAUCCUCGGGAUUGUGCCCUGGAAUGCUCCAUAUGUUUUUGGCGUCCGUUCUGCAGCCUGUGCACUUGCGGCGGGCAACACAACUAUCCUGAAAUCCUCUGAGCUCUCUCCUUGCUCGUACUGGGCACUUGCGCGCGCUUUCCACGAUGCAGGUCUACCUGCUGGUUGUCUGAACCUGGUGUCGUGUCGACCCCAGGAUGCCCCCGAAGUGGUCAACGCUAUGAUUGAGCACCCUGCCGUGCGCAAGAUUAACUUCACAGGCAGUACGGCCGUAGGCAGAAAGAUCGCGGGAGCUUGUGGCCAGAACCUCAAGCCAUGCUUGAUGGAAUUGGGAGGCAAGAACAGCGCCAUCGUCUGUGCGGACGCUGAUAUCAAGACGGCUGUGAAGGGAGUAGUUGGGGGCGCUUAUCUGAACUCUGGCCAAAUCUGCAUGGCAACUGAUCGCAUUCUUGUUCACUCCUCCAUUGCACCCGUCUUCAUUGAGGCGCUUAAGGAAGCACUCACCUCCGGCGUGGACCCUGCGUCUCAGCCUCCGACUUUGGUGAACAUGGCUUCAAAAGCACGAGUUAACAAGCUCGUCAAGGAUGCAUUGGCAGGUGGGGCCCACUUGAUCCACGGAUCGGUAGACCAGGAGUCCGCUCAGUCAGACAAUGGUGUUCGGAUGGCGCCUGUGCUCCUCGGCGGCGUCAAUGAAAAGAUGAACGCUUGGCAAGAAGAGGCCUUUGCCUCCUUGGCAGCAUGCAUGAUUGUUGAGAGCGAUGAAGAGGCAAUCAAGAUCGCCAAUAGUAGUGGCUAUGGUUUGUCCGCGGCCGUCUUCACCGAGGAUCUGCGAAAGGGCCUGGCGAUGGCACGCAAGAUCCAGUCAGGUGCUGUCCACAUCAACAGUAUGACCAUUCACGACGAAGCUGUCCUGCCGCACGGUGGAGUCAAGAACAGUGGUUGGGGACGGUUCAAUGCAUCCCAGGGACUGGAGGAGUUCUUGGUUACCAAGAGUGUGACGUGGAUGGAUUAAUUGAAACUACAGAGCAUUCAUCUACGUACAAAAAUGAAUUUAAGCUAGCAUGUAAGACAUUAUGACAUUUGCUGCCUUGAAGGCAAUACAUGGG